UCAUCGGUUGUGUGGAAAAUUAAACAAAUCCAUAAAAAGUGCUAAUAAAAAAUCUGUGAAAAAUGCCUGAAAAUAUAGAGCAGCGUGUUAACAAAUUAAGAAUAAAAGCGGCCCAAAGGUACAAUAUUGCGCCGGAAAGAUGUCACGUUGGACACCUUGCACUUGAAGGUAUGCUGGAGCGACCUUCAGCUAUAUGUCAGAUUGACGGCGCAACAAAUGCACAAGAGACUAACAUCUCGGUGGCGACGCGAUCCAUGCGGCUAGCUAGCGCAAUGAAGAACGCCGGUUUCAAACCAGGGGACCCUAUCAUCAUCUCCGGACCCAACCACCUGGACCUCGCAAUCCCCUACUACGCCUGCCACUUCAUGGGGUACUCUAUGUGCAGUAUUGACCCGAGUGCAGAGAUUUCGGAUCUCAAAUCGUUAUACGGAAAUAUUCAACCGAAAAUUGUGUUUUGUCAAAAAGAAAAUUUAGAAAAAAAUAAGGAAGCUCUGGAAGCCAAUAGAUUAGACAAUGUGGAAAUCGUUGCCUUUGACGAUAUGGAGAAUUUCAUACAGAAACAUCGAGGCACAGAAGUCAAUUUCAAGCCAUCUUCAGAUUUCGACCAAUCAAAGACAGCGGCAUGGUAUAUAUUGACCAGCGGUUCCACAGGAUUACCAAAAGUAGCAAUAAUAACCUUUGACACCUUGUUGAAUGGCGUCAUUGAGUGGUGGCUUCCUACAAGACAGGACGUAAUACAUAUGAACAUGCUGAUGACAUCGACACAAUGGUUAUCCUCACUCAUCUAUUUCAUAUCGUCUUCAAUUAAACCAUUCGUAAGGCUUCAAUCCUCCCAACCAGUUUCUCCACCACUAUUGGUGCACAUGAUUAAUACUUACAAGCCGACUUCGACAGCGUGGACGCCAUAUCUGCUGGCUCGCUUUGUCCAGGCGCCAGCGAAGGUGGUAGACCUGUCCUGCUUCAAGCACAUUCUUGUCGGUGGAGCUCCUUCGGAGAAACACAUCAUAGAAGAGUUCAAAAAACUAUGCGAUGCGGAAUUGCACUUAUGUUAUGGAAUGACUGAACUUUUGGUGGGAUGUUUUGAUUACAACGAAAAAACAACUCCAUUCGGAUCUUCAGGAAAGCCCUUUAGCAAAUAUCGGUACAGACUCGUUGACGAUGAAGGUCAGGAGGUUACAGAACCCCAUAAAAACGGCGAACUUUGGGUAAAAGGAGACGCGUUCUUUAAGGGUUACCUAAACAAUGAGAAGGAAACCAAGGAAAUGCUGACUGACGACGGGUGGCUCAAGACCGGUGACAUCUUCUACAGAGAUGAGAAUGACAACUAUUUCUUUGUGGAGAGGAAACGACUUCUGAUCAGAUACCUCACCACCUGGGUAUCUCCUGUUCAACUGGAGCAAAUAAUCAGGCAGCAUCCAAGUGUGUCGGAAGUGUGUGUGGUGGGUCUGUCCAACCCGCAAACGAUGGAGUAUCCAGUCGCCGCAAUCUUGAAGAAAAAUGGAAAUGUUGUCGAACCACAGGAAAUCUUCGACUUGGUUAAAAAGGAAAUGCCAGAAGCCAAACACCUGCACGGAGGGCUGUUCUUCGUGGAAGGAUUCCCGAUGACGCCGUCAGGGAAGGUGCAUCGGAGUAAGGUCGCAGAGAUGGCCAGACAGAGCGAAAGAGUUUUCUCUUUGAACUAAACUCAUUCGAAAAAAGUCUUUUAGACAAACGAGACAAAGUGCAAGCGCUUUGGUCUGCAUUGCGCAUGUUUUAAGUCUCCUUCCAAGGUGCGGUCAGCGCUCUAACUGAAGCAAACUCUUGUAUUAAUAGUUCCUUGAAACCUGUUUACUUAUGGUACUGCGAUGACUGUACCUUACGUCCAGUUUAUUCCUUCCUAACUCUGAUUCCUGAGGUAAGAAUUGUAUAUUACCUACCAAAAUGAAUACAUAAAAUUCCGUAUAAUAUUUCCUUAAAAAUAUAAGUACCACUACUCGAGUAGGUAGUCAAAGUUACGGGAUAUUUGUUUCAUCAUAAUCGUGAUCUUUAUGUAAAGUACUUAAUUAUCUAAUGUGGAAAAUGUUAUACAAUGUCUUAACCAAACAUUUUAUUUGUAAGUAGUUAUAAGGUGUUAGGGAUUAAUUUUACAUAAAGUUAUUUUAUAAAUAACGUUAUUGAGGUGGGAAGCAUACUUUAUCACAUAAUAAUUAAGUUAUAUAAUUGUAUAGAUUUAGUUUUAUUAGGAACAUUGUAUAUAAUUACACCGGGGGAAACAUUAUAAAUGGUGUCUCAAUUUGUAUAUAAAAUACAUAAUAAGAUGACUUGUGAAAAUAGGUCUUUCAUUAUUUUCCUUAACGCGUUUUUCUUUCCCUUUUCACAAAGUGAAAGUGUUGUUGAAAAUUCAGGGGUAAUAUGUGUGUGCUCUAUAAAGUGAAGUGGAUUGAUUCUGUCGACCCAUGCACUCACGUGGGGCGGUUGAAUAUCGAGAGCGAUGUGCCAUCAAACAUUAAAUUCGCGUUGAUGGAAUGUGUUCCACGACUCGCAUCGAAUAAACGAUGCAUUACUUUCCCGCAACAAGGAUAUCAAGCUAACAACUACACUUCAAACACGAAGUUUA